UAGAGGAAGCAGUAGACUAGAAGGACCUGGCAGAGACAGAGAGAAGAAGCUUUCAGAGGUUUUCACACACAUCUCAAGAUAGCACUGUGGGAAACACUGACCUGACAGAAUGUUCUUAAUCCUGGUUGUCACAGUGUUCUUGGCUGGCUGCUUGGCAAUGCCCAUCAAAGACCCCUACUCGUAUUCCUCUGCGGUGGGUCAGGGAGGUGGCACCCCAUUUGCUUCCUACGGUGAGGGGCGCAUCACAGGAGUCAGAGUGUGGGAGACCAACAACAACUACUACUACUACUACUACUACUACAACUACAACAGCAACAACUACAUCAGCGGGUUCCAGCUCAGAUACGGUAGCAACUGGUCUCCUGUGUUUGGUGGUGAAGGGGGCUUAAAGCAGGAGAUGGAGCUGUUUAAUGAUGAGGCCAUCGUCGAGGUGUCUGGGAAGUACAACCCAGCAGACUACAUCUGCUACCUGGUGUUAACCACCAACAUGGGGCGCACUCUGUCAGCCGGCCUGCCCAACCAGGUCUCCUUCAACUUCUACCCAGCCAACAUGGGCAAUGAGCUGAGGAUCCUCAGCGGUCGCUUCAACGGUGCUGGAAUCACCUCCAUCGGAGCCCACUGGGGAUUGGUGGACAUGGAAGGGGCUGGAAACACCUCCAUCGGAGCCAACUGGGGAUUGGUGGACAUGGAAGGGGCUGGAAACAGUACUCUGGAAACAGCACUGGAAACAGUAACUCCUAUUUUUUAGGGGGAAAAAAGUAUGUCUUGCUCUUUGGGAUGGUAUCCCGGAUACAGAUUAAGCCUAAUCCUGGACUAGUUACUUUCAAUGGAGAUUCUCCAUUCAACAUGCUUUUUAGUCCAGGAGUGAACUUAAUCUGGGUCCAGGAAACUGACCCUAUAUGUUGGACGGAUGUUUGACAGACGCUGACAGAACUGUUUUUUAUAUAUCACUAUCUGAUGGGCGCUUCAUGAGAAUUUAAACUGAAUGAAUUUGAAUGUUUAAAAGUAUUUUUGUACUGUUUCAAGUGAGGAAUCAAAAUAUUCCAAAUUAUUCAAAACAUUCAAAUUCAUUCAGUUUAAAUUCUCAUGAAGCGCCCAUCAGAUAGGAAUAUUAUCAGUCCUGUCAGCUUGGGUCAACAUGCGUUGUUACACAUUUUAUCACAAUAAAGGAAAGAAUCAUAUGGGAUUUAAAGGAUUAAUUAUAUCUUUGAUUAAUGGAACAAUCAAAUAUUAUGGGGAGAUAAUAGUGUUUCAGGGUGUUUCACCUUCACUAUUUUAUACACGCUGCAUUUGUUAUUUGUUGUUCCUUUUCUGCUACAUCUGCUUCUGGACAUUUGAAUAAAAAGCAUAUCUUUAAUCAUUA